AUGACCGACAUCCAAGCUCUACUUUCUGCUCUUGACGUGUUCAGCCGCGCACCGGACAAGGCGUCAAUAGAAAGAGCAAACUCCUGGCUUCAGGAUUUCCAGCAUUCACCUGAAGCAUGGUCGACUUGCAACGUCCUCCUGCUCUCACCCGACGCGCCUCCAGCAGCAAAGGUUUUUGCAGCACAAACUUUUCGGACGAAGGUCACCUAUGAUCUGAAACAAGUCGAUGCCGCGAACCUCCUUCCCCUCCGCGACACUCUCUUGUCGGCUCUUGAAGCCUACCACGGCGGUCCCCGUAACAUUAUCGUUCAAUUGGCUCUCGCAAUCGUUGGUCUCUCGAUGCAGCUACCGAGCUGGGAGCAGCCAGUGGAAACGCUGAUUGAGUCUUUUGGGAGGAACCCUGCAACGGUUCCUACAUUGCUAGAAUUCCUGACGGUGCUGCCCGAGGAAGUAAACAGCAAUAUGAGGAUCCCCAUUACGGAUCAGGAAUUUAAGGAUGUGAGUGCGAAGCUGUUGACGAAUAACGCACCACGAGUUUUGGAGCUUCUGUCUAUGUAUAUCACAGCGAGCGGCGUGACAUCUGCUGUGCAAGCCCAGGUGUUCAAUUGUCUGUUCAGUUGGCUGUAUGCUGGAGAAAUUACCGUGAAGGACAUCGUUGCAACUUCUCUGUUUGCAUAUGCGUUUGAAGCACUCGCCGCAGACGAACUAUUCGAUCCGGCAGUUGACCUUAUCUGCCAGAUGAUUCACGAAACACAGGAGAUCGACGACAAUAUGGACGUUAUCCAGCUUAUUUUCCCGAGGAUUAUUGCUCUGAAAGCAUAUCUUGCUAAAGACAAGGACGAUCCGGAGAAGAUCAGAGGCUACGCCCGCAUCUUUUCGGAGGCUGGGGAGACGUAUCGUUCGUUGCUCCUACACCACACAGAGACGUUCUUCCCUCUCGUUGAAGCCAUCGGAGAAUGUUCUGCCUAUUCGGAUCUCGACAUUGUUCCCAUUACGUUCCCCUUUUGGAUGCGCCUCGCCCAAAUACUUGGGAAGCGCCCCUCAAUUUCGCCUCUGUUCAUCGAAGCCUUCAAAUCGCUAAUGACCGUCAUCAUCAACCACCUGCACUUCCCACCUGAGCUGAGCAGUUUGAAAGGGCAGGAGGCUGAUAACUUCCGUGCUUUCCGACAUGUCAUGGGCGAUACCCUCAAGGACUGCUGUUUCGUGCUGCGUACCGAGACCUGUCUCUUGGCCGCAUAUCAGCAGGUUGCCAGCGCGGUUGCCCGCAAUGCUUCAUGGCAAGAAAUUGAAGCUCCUUUGUUUGCUAUGCGUUCGAUGGGCGCUGAAAUCGACCCGGAUGACGACAACGCGGUGCCGAAGAUCAUGGACCUCAUUCCAAACCUUCCGAACCACCCUCGCGUGCGGUAUGCUGCACUGUUGAUCGUCGCCCGCUACACAGAAUGGAUAAGCGCGCACCCUCAAUACAUCAGCUUCCAGCUCCAGUAUAUCUCGUCAGGGUUCGAAGAUUCAGAUCCGGAAGUCUGCGCCGCUGCAGGUCAGGCGUUGAAGUAUCUGUGCCAGGAUUGCAAACAGCAUUUGACCGAGUUCCUACCAACCCUCCAUACUUUCUUGAAGACUACAGGACCAAAGCUGGCCCAAGAUGACCGAAGACAGGUCUACGAGGCCAUUGCCUACGUCAUUUCCGCGAAGCCUAUGAACGAGGCUGCGGAAUCCUUGAAAGCAUUCUCGUUGGAUAUUCUCGCUCAAGUCCAUGCGUUCUCAGCUAAAACAACGCCUCCCACUCAUUCAGAAAUCGAGGAUGUUGGCAACAGCCUCGAGAAUUUGGAGGUCAUGCUCCAUGUCGUGCAUGGGUAUGGUGAGGAUCUACCAGCUGCUUGCCAGAACACCUGCGAAGAAGCAUGGGCGAUUUUCGACACCUUCCUUUCAAAGUAUGGGCUUAACAAUGACCUCGCUGAACGUGCCACCCGUGUUCUUCGACGGGGUUUGGACCUCUUCAACAAAUCCACCACUUCCAUUGCACCCUCUGUCCUCGCUAGAAUGUCGUUUGCCUUUGAGGGCAGCGGAUAUCCAAGUUUCUUAUGGAUUGCAGGAAAGAUCAUUGGAAGAUUUGGCUACACGCAGAACAACGACGUUAGAGGCGCUAUCCAGGAGAUCUAUGAACGGAGUACGACUAAGGUUGCUGCCCUUCUGCAAGUGAAGACUCCUGGUGAAAUACCAGAUGUCCUUGAGGACUACUUGCAAAUGCUCCUACAGCUAGACACUCUGAUGCCCGAGAUCUUCUUCGCUUCAUCUAUCUACCCCGUCGCAUUCCGUUGUGCCAUGGCUGGCCUUACUGUGGUCCAUAGCGACAUCAUCCUCGCUUCCUUGGAUCUGUUCCGCGACAUCGUCACGCACGAUUGUCUCGAACCCAUCACCUCCACUACGCCUCCUAAAUUUCCCAUCUAUGCUGCUGCAAUCCGUCCGACUUUGGAUAAGGAAGCUCCCCAGUUCCUGUCCCUCCUCUUCUCGGGCCUUGUUGGCGAUUUCCCCGAGGAUGCAUCCGCGACUGUGGUUUCGAUAUUCAGGGCUCUCGUCUACCUCUGGAACACGCAGCUCCUUACGUGGUUGCCAGCAGUACUUGAACAGAUACCGACGUCUAGUGUCCCCAACGAAGCAAAGGCACAGUUCCUCCAGGAAACGACGGUCGCGGUCAAUACUCGGCAAUACGAUAAGAUCAGGAAUGCAGUUCUUGGAUUCGACAGGGCCGUCAGGAAGACUCGCGAUAGACGCAGGAAUGGAUUAUAA